AUGUUCUUGUUAAGUUGGCUCCCCUUGAGCUACAGGCAAAAGAAGGCAAAAGAGACAUCGUUAAUUCGUGCUUGCCAAACAGCAAUAGAGGAACUAACGAAGAGGCAGCAAGUGCUACAAGGCUUGAAGAAAAAGUUCAUAGAGGAGGCUAAUUUGUGUCACGCGUGGAGCAUGGAAUUCGUGCGCACAAACGAAGAAAGCAAGCCUUUGGGCCUUUGGGAGUUGAGGAAAUUAAGCUUCCUAUAUGCUAUAUCGAUUCUGAAGCAGCAGAUUUGGAUUCGUGACACCAUCUCUUAUUUGAAAGAAAUCAUCGAAGCGUUGCCGAGCCAGCUUUCCACGGUGAAAUCUGAGCAUAUAUGGACGAAUCUCAUCAAAAAGGCAAAGUGGUCAUCAAGAAAAAUCACGAGCGGCUGA